AUGAGCUGCUCCAUUGCAGCUCUCCUGGUCCUGGUUUCCAUCAUCUUCCUUUCACUCCAUCGAAGCACAUCGUGCUGUGCCGCUGGCGCCGACGAUGGCGCAUCACGAAGCCUCUCCUCCUGCCUCGUCUCCCAUGGCGUCACCAACUUCGCCCUCCCGACGUCUCCGAGCUACGCCGCGAUCCUCAACUCCUCCAUCAGCAACCUCCGGUUCGCGCUCCCCGACGUCGGCAAGCCGGCCGCCGUGGUGCUCCCGGCGUCCAAGCAGGACCUCCAGCGCGCCGUCCUCUGCGCGCGGAACAGCUCGCUGGCGAUCCGCGUGCGCAGCGGCGGGCACAGCUACGAGGGCCUGUCGUACACGACGGAGAACCGCGUGCCCUUCGUGGUGAUCGACCUCGCCAACCUGAACCGCGUUCGCGUCGACGCGGGCUCGGCCACGGCGUGGGCCGAGUCCGGCGCGACGCUGGGCGAGCUGUACUACGCCGUGGGGCGGUCCAGCCGGUCCCUGGCAUUCUCGGCCGGCUCCUGCUCGACCAUCGGCCUGGGCGGCAUCGUCUCCGGCGGCGGCUUCGGGCUGCUGUCGCGCAAGUUCGGGCUCGCCGCCGACAACGUGCUGGACGCGGUGCUCGUCGACGCGGACGGCAGGGCCCUCGACCGGACGACGAUGGGCGCCGACGUGUUCUGGGCCAUCCGAGGCGGCGGCGGCGGGAGCUGGGGCGUGGUGUACUCAUGGAAGCUCCGGCUCGUCCCGGUCCCUCGCAACGUCACCGUCUUCUCGGUGGGCCGGUCCGGUCCGGUCGAGCUCGUCGCCGGGCUGAUCCACAGGUGGCAGUUCGUGGCGCCCAGUCUCCCCGACGACUUCUACCUCUCCGUGUACCUCCCGACCGGCGACCUCGGGUCGUCGUCGUCGUCGGAUGGCAGCGUCUCCGUCUCGUUCUCCGGCCAAGUGCUAGGACCAAAGCACCGUGCCCUGUCAGCGCUGCGUCAAAGCUUCCCAGAGCUCGGGCUGACCGAGUCAGAGGUCGCCGAAACGAGCUGGCUGGAUGCGACCGCGCAGUUCGCCGGCCUCGACACGGCGGCCGACCUUCCGAACCGCCUGCUGGGGUCGAAGCAGUACUCCAAGGGCAAGUCCGACUACGUGCGGUCGCCGAUCUCGCGGCGCGCCAUGGCGGGCAUCGUCCGGUACCUCUCCACGGGCCCGCCGCGGCAGGGGCAGGGGCAGGGGGGCGGGUACGUGAUCCUGGACCCCUACGGCGGCGCCAUGGCCCGGAUCGGGAGCGGCGACACGCCGUGCCCCCACCGCGCCGGGACCCUGUACGGCGUGCAGUACCAGGUGUACUGGGACGACGACCUCGGUGGCCGCGCCGCCGCCGCCGGCGAGUACUGCGUGGGGUGGCUCCGGUCGCUCUACGCGUUCAUGGCGCCCCACGUGUCCAAGGACCCCCGGGCCGCGUACGUCAACUACCUGGACCUCGACCUCGGCGCCGACAACUGGACAGCCCCCGCGGAAGGGUCGUCGGAGGCGGCGGUGGCGCGCGCGCGCUCCUCGUGGGGCGCCGCCUACUUCGGGGACAAUUUCGACCGGUUGGUCAGGGCAAAGACGGCGGUGGACCCCGGCAAUGUGUUCAACAAUGCACAAAGCAUUCCUCCUUUGUAA